AUAAACACUUCCCUCGACUCUUGUCCACUUCAUUUCUUAUCUUCUUUCACUAACCAAUAAUAACAACUAUCACUAUUAUUCAUUAUCAUGACCUCAAACACCACACCACUCCUUCCAUGGAAGGUUCGCUUCACCAUGUCUAUCAUCUCUUUCCUUAUCUCCGUUUCUCGUCGCUCCAACGACACUGUCAAUCGUCGUCUAUUCAACUUUUUUGAUAGAAAAAUCUCUCCUAACCCUAACUUCAAAGACGGAGUUUAUUCCUCUGACGUCAUCGUGGACCCCAUGCGUAAUCUCUGGUUUCGUCUUUUUAUCCCUUCCUCAAACUCUUUCUCUGACGUACCUCUCCCGGUCUUUGUAUUUUUUCACGGUGGCGGUUUUGCAAUGUGUUCUCCAUCUUCUAUCAUAUACAACAAUGUAUGUCGUUUAUUCUGUCGUUCAUUUUCCGCAAUUAUUGUAUCGGUUAAUUAUCGUCUUUCCCCUGAGCAUCGUUUUCCAUCUCAAUACAAUGAUGGUUUGGAAAUCCUUAAAUUCCUCGAUCAAAAUAACAAUGUUUUAGGAAAAUCUGCUGACAUUAGUAAAUGUUUUUUGUCUGGUGAUAGUGCGGGUGGAAAUUUAGCCCAUCAUGUUGCAGUUCGGAUUCCCUUAGAAAAGUUUCAAAAUUUGAAAGUUAUCGGUUUAGUUUCAAUACAACCGUUUUUUGGAGGUGAGGAAAGAACCGAAUCCGAGACCCAGUUCAAACGGGCACCUGGUGUUUCAAUGGACAAAACUGAUUGGUAUUGGAAGAUGUUUUUACCAGAUGGGUUAACCCGUGACCAUGAAGUAGUUAAUGUUAGUGGGCCUAAUGCAAUGGAUAUUUCGAAUGUGGAUUAUCCGGAUACCCUUUUGUGUGUUGGAGGGUUAGACCCGUUACUGGAUUGGCAAAAGAGAUAUUAUAAAUGGUUGAUAAAAUCUGGAAAAGAAGUGGAAUUAAUUGAAUUUACAAAUAUGAUUCAUGCUUUUUAUUACUUUUCCGAUUUACCAGAAACGUCACAUUUUAUUUCUAAAGUUAAGGAUUUUAUAACUAGGCAAAUGGCUAAUGUCAGUUAAAGGGUUUAAGUAAUUUGGAAUAAAAAUAAUCUUCAAUUAUGUUGUUUAAAAAGUGUAUGUUUGCUAGAGAAAUUGUCUGAAAGCUAGAGAAAUAUGUAAUAUGUUUAGAUAUUCCACAU